ACCUGAUGACUUGAAAAACUUUGACCCAGAGUUCACCCAGGAAGCCGUGUCAAAGUCCAUUGGCUGCACUCCUGACACUGUGGCCAGCAGCUCUGGGGCCUCAAGUGCAUUCCUGGGAUUUUCCUACGUGCCGGAGGAUGAUACCAUCAUGGAUUCCUAGAAGCGCCUGUGCAACCACUGAAGACAGCUGGUAUCUGUAAGGAAUUACCUUCAGCUGCUAGGAACAGAGACUCAAAGUUAACAGUGGCUUUAAAAAGGGCAGCCCUCUGCCCCAGGAAUUACAGGGCACGAAGGUGAAUACCAUGGAAAACACACCAAUGACACUGACCUACUGGAGAUCAAAGCCGGGUCAGGAAGAGCUACUGUUACCCUUUGACAUGCGCUGAGAACCCUGAAACACUCUGAUUUGAUUUCUAUCUUAAUAGUGUCUGUUAAUUGACAAAUGUGGAAUAUGACGAGGGAGAAGCCAAAAUUCCCCCAACUUCCCAAAGCAAAAAGCAAGAGCGUAUAAUUGUCAGACACAUGAUAGUAUUGUCAAAAGUACACAAUCUGCUGUGGAUUGUGAAACGCAUAAUGGUUCUGUCUGUUCUAAGAUUAAAGAUGACAAAAUUUUCGCCAGAAUAGAAAAUAAAGAAAAAAAAUAUAUUGAUCACGCUACGCCUAUAUUUACUGAGCACACUCUGAGUUUUAUGUACAUUAUCUACAAUCUUCACAAUAAACCAGCUCUUAGAAAUUAUUAACCUUACUUUACAGAUAAGAAACAUGUGCUCAGAGAGAUUAAGCAAUUUGCUCAGAGUCACCCAGCUGGUAUAAGACAAGACACAGCCAGGAAUUGAACUUAGUGGCAGUUGAAUUCUAAGACCCUUGUUCUUUUCUGCAACCUCCAAGAGUGGGAGAUCCAGUGCUCUGGGCAGGUACUCUUUUGGUCUUCCUGUAAACACAGUCUGCACAGCAGGCAGAAGGAUCCCGAGACCUGUUUCAACACACUCAAGUGGCACAGCCUACUCUCUCUACAGUGGAAAUACAUCACUUCCAUUUUUAUCCUUAACGGAAGAUUGUAUUCACCCAACUUCGUACCACCAUACAGCAACCCCAGGAAGAGAAUUCUCAAGCACCCUCCUCCACUUUUUAACUUUGCAAUGACAGUAGUUGAGAAAAGGCAACAAGAGUUGUGUAUUUUAGGAUUCCAAAACUCCUACCACAUGUUGAAGAUUGUAACAAACAAACACAAAUCGAAGCUGUCUUAAGUCUCUGCUCUCAUCGGGUUGAGCCAGCGAGGCGGUGGCAUUGCACAAAAGUCCACUUGUUCUCAGGGAAGGCACGGAGCGCUUUCCUGGGGAGAAGGGAGGCCCGUUUGUGGUUACCGGUCUCUGGUUUCUCAUUUUCAUAGCGAUGGCGCUUUCCCAUAAACAGUCCCUUUUGCCUGGAACGUUCUUCCCAGCUUGCCUUAAUGAAUACCACUCUUUGUUUCACAUCUCUGCUCAUCGGGUGCGCCUUUCUGUCCAGCUCCGGCCCCUCACAGCUCCCUUAAUACAGUUUAUAUUUUUACUUUUUUGUGGGAUCUGGCAAGGACUAAAUCCCCGCCCGGGUACGCCUAGAGGCCGCAAUAUCCUGGGCCUGGCACUAUGGGCUAAUCAAAGAGAAAUAACUAUCUCUUGUCACCCUUCUCACCCCUAAACCUGCCCACCCUCUUUCCGGAAGUCUCCCCUAGCCUCCCAGGCAGCCGAAAUCCUUUCGCACCACGCAGCAAACCGCUAAUCGGCCGUGCCUGGUACUCCGACUCCACCCUUAAGCUCUCAGCAGCAGAGCUCCGCCCUCCGCCGGCCCUGCCUCUCUGCGCCUGCGCUCUUGGGAUCGAGACCCGGAGUUCCGCACCCCCCCGCCGGAAGUCUUCACUAUUCUCCUCCUUUGAGUUUAAGGGAAGUUUGGGCCCAAGCAUUUUUAUCAGUCUUUAAUAAGACUUGAUACUAAAGGAAAAAAUGAAAUCGGUUUAUCUUUGGCCACGUUAAUCCAGGUUCUGUUUGGAUUUACCCCUCAUCCAAAAUAAUGGUACAGCCCCAGAUUAGCCCCGCCCCCUACCACCACCGCCCCGCCCCCUACCACCAACGCCUCGCCGCUUGAGGCGAAGUGGCGUCUCUGUUCCGCGGUAGUCACGUCCCUCGGGAGGUAGAUCCACGCCCCGGUUCACGCCUUCCCAGCGCGCUGCUCAGUCUCCGCCGUUGCUAAGUGGCCGUGGAUACCUGGCGGGGAGAUACUGGGCGGUGUCAGGUGAAGAUGGUGGUCACUGGGCCUCAGGAAACCAUGGAGAAAGAGCUGCGGAGCACCAUUCUUUUUAACGCAUACAAAAAGGAAGUAUUUACCACCAACAAUGGCUAUAAAUCCAUGCAGAAGAGACUUCGGAGCAAUUGGAAGAUUCAGAGCUUAAAAGAUGAAAUCACAGCUGAGAAGUUAAUUGGGGUGAAACUGUGGAUUACAGCUGGGCCAAGGGAAAAAUUUACUGCAGCUGAGUUGGAAGUCCUGAAGAAAUACCUUGAUGGUGGUGGAGAUAUCCUUGUGAUGCUAGGAGAGGGUGGGGAAUCCAGAUUUGACACCAAUAUUAACUUUCUCCUAGAAGAAUAUGGAAUAAUGGUUAAUAAUGAUGCUGUGGUUAGAAAUGUGUAUUAUAAGUAUUUCCAUCCUAAAGAAGCUCUAGUUUCCAAUGGAGUCCUGAAUAGGGAAAUCAGCCGAGCUGCAGGGAAGGCCGUGCCUGGGAUCAUUGAUGAGGAGAGCAGUGGGAACAAUGCUCAGGCUCUCACCUUUGUCUAUCCUUUUGGUGCUACGUUGAGUGUCAUGAAACCAGCAGUGGCUGUUCUGUCCACAGGCUCUGUCUGUUUCCCGCUUAACAGACCCAUCCUGGCUUUCUAUCACUCGAAGAACCAAGGCGGGAAGCUGGCAGUGCUUGGCUCAUGUCACAUGUUCAGUGACCAAUAUUUGGAUAAAGAAGAAAACAGCAAAAUCAUGGAUGUUGUUGUCCAGUGGCUCACAACAGAAGACAUCCACCUAAACCAGAUUGAUGCUGAGGACCCAGAGAUUUCCGACUACAUGAUGCUACCCGACAUGGCCACCCUGUCCGAGCGGCUUCGAGUGUGUCUCCAGGAGGGUGAUGAGAACCCACGGGACUUUACUACCCUCUUCGAUCUAUCCAUAUACCAGCUGGAUACCACCUCCCUCCCCAAGGUCAUCAAAGCUCAUGAACAGCUAAAUGUGAAGCAUGAACCUCUGCAGCUCAUCCAACCUCAGUUUGAGACGCCGCUGCCAGCCCUUCAGCCAGCGGUUUUUCCUCCCUCUUUCAGGGAAUUGCCACCUCCUCCACUGGAGCUGUUUGACUUAGAUGAGACGUUCUCCUCUGAGAAGGCACGGCUUGCCCAGAUUACCAAUAAGUGUAAGUUUGGCCACGUUUUCUACUAUGAAUUUUAUUUAUGAACUUCUGCGAUUUGCCAUGAGAGAAAGCUUAGCAUUUGUUUAGGGAGAACAAAAUACGAACGUGAGUAUAUAGUUAUAAUUUUCGUGUAUUUCAUGUAAAUGAUGGUGAUGAUUUUUCUCAAGGCCAGUUAGCUCAGUAAG